AUGACCACGUACGCGAACAAGCAGAAGCAGCACGAGCAGGCUUGGGAGCCGCCAACACCCCGCUCCAACUUCGUUCCCCUCCCUGCGACCACACUCCCCGUCGACCACCUCGUACUCCUUCCGCCGCCCCUCAUCCCACACGACGACGUCAAUACAACGUCGACUGGGACUGCAGCCGGCCUCUCACGGCCAACACUCCCUUCUCUGCGCGCGACCUUCGACUCUCCUCCUCCCGCCUCGACCGACGCCUCGGCAGUUCGCCAAAUCGACGACGAUGACUGGCUUCCAGAAUCAUCCAAUGCAAAACGUCCCCGCCGGUCUGCUGCAAUUGCUGCCGCUCGCAACCUCCCUCGCCAACCCUCCCCCUUCGACCUCGAAGAGGACGACCCAAGCGUCAAAGAGCCCAGUCCUUCGACUUCGCCCCCUCCGACCGCUUCGGCGUCUCGAGGAGCGGGCGUAGCAGGAUCGUCGAAGCGCAAAGUCUCUCACUCGCUGAUCGAGCGAAGGAGGCGCGAGAAGAUCAACCAGUGUCUUCAGGUGCUGAGGGAGACUGUACCGAGUCUCAAGGAGGAGGGCGAGCGCAAGAUGGCGCGAGCGAGGGCGCGCGGGCGGAAGAGGGGACGCGGAGAUGAGGCAGGCGAGCGCGGAGGACUGCACAAGCUGGAGAUACUCGAGGGUACGAUCGCGUACAUUGAGGACUUGCGAAGCCGGAUCGAGCUACUCGAGAACGGAUCAAGGGACUCGUCGACAACUGCCGAGCCGUCGACGUCGUCGCAACAUCCCGCCGUCCAGCCUCCCUCACGAACGACCGCCCUUAAACCCGCGCAAGUUAUGCCUCUCCCCUCCCCACUCCUGACGGCGACAAGCUCCGGCUCGAGCGGUUCUGGCGAAGUGGACAUUGUCGACGACCACGAGGCGAGCAUGCUCCUCCUCGACUUUGCGACCUCGCCCGAGCUCCGUCCCGUCAUGUAG